GAAUAAUGGAACAAAUAGGUGAUAAUCAAGCGUACUGGAGUGGAUACGAUUCAGAUAUCGAUAAAGAAUAUAUUCCUCCUAAAAAAACAAGAAUCAAGAUUCGUGGAAAAUUAUAUGAGGUAGAAGCCGACAAGACUCUGGAUACAAAGACUGACGAGUGUAGUCGCAAACUCGACUGCCAUAAAUUUGCAAAGCCAAAAGAAAAUUUGAAUAACUACGCAAGGUUUUAA